AUGGAUCCAGCAGUGGCCAAGUGGGUCAAGAAGUGUGCAGCCAAUGACAAUGAAUGGUCCCGAACAGAGGACCCUAGUGUGUUGUUUUGUCAAAGGCUUGGGGUCUACAAGCAAAGUCAGGCUGUGUGUGUGCAUGUUAAGCGCAGCGUAAUACUAGCCACUGAUGACCAGGGUCCUGGAGACCCCAGCCGUAGUGGCCUGUUUGUCUCUGUUUCCACAGGCAUAACUCCAGCAGAGGUGCACCCCAAAUUGGCGGGAGUUCCAAAUUCCGUUUGGGCAAAGGGUAAACAUGAUGUGGGCCUAAUAAAGAAUGCUGAACCAGUGGUGAUCACCCCCAAAUCGGAUUUCAGGCCUAGGCAGACCCAGUAUCCACUCAAACCAGAAGCAAUUGCAGUUAAGAAGGCAAGAAAAUCGUCUCAGCCCGAUGAGUGGAGGUUUGUCCAAGAUCUGCAAGCAGUCAAUGCUGCGGUUGUUCCACGCGCACCUGACGUCCCUAACCCAUACACCAUUUUGGGCCAGGUGCCCGCUGACAGUAAGUGGUUUUCAGUGGUGGAUCUAGCAAAUGCGUUCUUUUCUAUUCCUAUACAUAAAGACAGCCAGUAUUGGUUUGCCUUUAUGUAUGAUGGUCGUCCAUACACUUUCACUCGUUUGUGCCAGGGUUACUCUCAAUGUGAGGAUGACACCAUAACGCUACUGCGACACCUCGCUAAGGAAGGUCAUAAGAGCAUUCAUUCCGAAUUAUUCCAUCCUGGAAAGUCCAGUGAGAGAGCUCGUGCACGGUUCGUCCCUCACUGCUUCAUCACCUGUCGUAUGGACACCAGAAGCUGA